GAUCCCAAUAAUGGUGGCGUUCAACUGCGGCGCGUCGCCAUUUAGAACCGUCGAGCACUGCUCGUCGGCGGGCCGCGAGGGCCACUCGGUGGUGGCCGACAUGGACGGCACCCUGCUCGUCGGCCGCAGCUCCUUCCCUUACUUCGCGCUCGUCGCCUACGACGUAGGCGGCCCGCUGAGGCUCCUCCUCCUGCUGCUGGCGGCGCCCUUGGCGGGCCUGCUCUACUACUUGGCCUCGGAGUCGGCCGGGAUCCAGGUGCUGAUCUUCGCGACCUUCGCCGGGGCGCGCGUGGAGGACAUCGAGUCCGCCGCGCGCGCGGUGCUGCCCAAAUUCUACGCCGAGGACCUCCAUUCGGAGACGUGGCGCGUGUUCUCGGCGUGCGGUCGCCGGUGUGUGCUGACGGCGAACCCCAGGAUCAUGGUGGAGGCCUUCCUGAAGGACUACCUGGGGGUGCAUCUGGUGAUUGCGACGGAGAUCCAGACGUACAGGGGCCGGGCCACCGGGUUCGUCAGCCGCCCGGGGGUUCUCGUCGGCAGGAACAAGGCGGCGGCGAUGCGGAAGCACAUGCCGGAGGCGGCGCCGGAGAUAGGACUGGGGGACAGGGAGAGCGAUUACCCCUUCAUGAGUCUCUGUCAGGAAGGGUACGUGGUGCCACAGGAGUCGAAGUUGAAAGUGGGGCCGGUCCCGAGGGAGAGUCUGCCGAAGCCCGUCAUGUUUCACGACGGCCGGUUGGCCCUCCGGCCAACGCCGCCGCUGGCCUUCCUCGCGCUCCUCUGGCUGCCCGUCGGCUUCCUGCUCGCCUGCAUCCGUAUCGCCGCCGGAUCGCUCCUCCCGAUGCGCUUCGUCUACCACGCCUUCCUCGCGCUGGGCGUGCGCGUCACGGUGCGCGGCACCCCGCCGCCACCCCCAAGCAAGUCCGCGGGGCACUCCGGCGUCCUAUUCAUCUGCUCCCACCGCACCCUCCUCGACCCAAUUUUCCUCUCUACGGCCCUGGGCCGCCCCAUCGCCGCCGUCACCUACUCCGUCUCGCGCCUCUCAGAGAUCCUCUCGCCCAUCCGCACGGUGCCCCUCACCCGCGACCGCGCGCGCGACGCCGCCAUGAUCAAGAGGCUGCUGCAGGACGGCGACCUGGUGAUUUGCCCCGAGGGGACCACCUGCCGUGAGCCCUUCUUGCUGCGCUUCUCUGCGCUCUUCGCGGAGCUGACGGACGAGAUCGUGCCGGUGGCGAUGGUGAGCGGGAUGAGCAUGUUCCACGGAACGACGGCAAGGGGGUGGAAGGGGAUGGACCCAUUCUACUUCUUCAUGAAUCCCAGCCCUCGCUACGAGGUCACCUUCCUCGACAAGCUGCCCAGGGAGCUCACCUGCAGCGGCGGCGGCAAGUCCAGCCACGACGUCGCAAACUACAUCCAACGCGCGAUUGGGUCGGCACUGUGCUACGAGUGCACCCAGUUCACGAGGAAGGACAAGUACAAAGCUCUGGCAGGGAACGACGGCAGUGUGCCGGAGAAGAAGGGCGAGGGGGGACGCAUAAAGCUCAUUGGCUGUUAGAGAAAUGUUAUAUAUAUAUAAAUUGCUCAGUAUGCUUCAAAAACUUAAUGAAUUAAUAGAUAAAUAAAUAAAUGUAGAUCAACAUUUGAUAAAAUUUUUG